ACGCCCAGCGUCUCUCGUCGGCUGCAACUACAAGCUCCUUCGGCGUGCGAAGUAAAGAAGGACCGGUAAGCCAUGGUUAAGCAUAAUAAUGUGAUCCCCAAUGGGCACUUCCGGAAGCAUUGGCAAAACUAUGUCAAGACUUGGUUCAAUCAACCAGCACGGAAGACAAGAAGACGGUUGGCCCGGCAGAAGAAGGCUGUUAAGAUUUUUCCCAGGCCUACAGCUGGUCCCCUUAGACCAAUUGUUCAUGGUCAAACUCUGAAAUAUAACAUGAAAGUCAGAGCUGGAAGAGGAUUUUCUCUUGAAGAACUGAAGGCUGCUGGUAUUCCCAAGAAGCUUGCCCCAACUAUUGGCAUUGCUGUUGAUCAUCGCCGCAAGAAUCGAUCUUUGGAGAGUCUGCAAGCUAAUGUGCAGAGGCUGAAAACAUACAAGGCCAAGUUGGUUGUGUUCCCCAGGCGGGCACACAAGGUCAAGGCUGGUGAUUCUAGCCCUGAAGAACUAGUAAAUGCCACCCAAGUUCAGGGUCCAUUCUUGCCCAUUGUGAGGGAGAAACCAGCUGUUGAUCUUGUUAAGGUUACAGAUGAAAUGAAGGCAUUUAAAGCUUAUUAUAAGCUUCGUCUUGAACGUACAAACCAACGCCAUUAUGGUGCCAGACUAAAGAAGGCUGCUGAAGCGGAAAAGGAAGACAAGAAAUGAUAUCCUUGAGAAGCCAGUUUGUAAUCCAUAUAGUUUCGGCAAAUUUUGUUCGAGAUACCUUUUAGCUUUAUGAAGAUCAUGAGUUUUAAAACUUUCACUCACAAAGUUUUUGUUGAACUCAAGUCUGUUAAUCGAAUUAGUACUCUGGUUUGUUUAAAUUAAUUGUUUGAUUUCGCCCUCAUUCAACUUGCCAUUUUUUAUCUAUAUUGCUGUUAACUUGCAUCACCAACUAAAUUGUGAGACUCUAGUUAACGGCAUGAGUCAGGGUGUGGCGGAUGCUGAGUUUUCAAAGAUUUGAGCCCACUCCGAUUUUCAUAACGUUUUCUGUAGCUGCAUUUGAUUUUGUUUUUCCUGGAUAUCUUAUAGUGUCGUUAUGCUGUUUUGGCCAUUG